ACACAGAAACAACAACGACGAUUUCCAGCUAAAGAUAAAUGCUAAAUGAUAAUGAAUAAUGCAAUCGGCCACAUUGGAAACGUUACAUCAUCCAGCUUUAUCAAUACCAAUAGAUCUGUGCCAUAUUGGGAAUAUGCCGCCUUGCUACAACCACUGGCCGCGAACAUACCAAGAGUACACAAUAUGGCAGCACAGCAAGUGCACAGAGAGCAGCAGCCACCACAGCUGCUGCUGCAAGAAUCAAACUCACCCGCCUUUUCACGAAACGACAAUCACAGCCAUGCAUCAGCAUCGUCUGCGGCAGAGACCACCCAAACGCCUGCGUCACAAUUCUAUUCGAGCUUCAAUAUCUCAGAUGAUCUCUUUUACUACUUCAAUGGGUUCCUGGAACGCGGAAACGCACCGGAAGCGACCUCGCCGACACCUAUUGAGACUAUCACCACACCCGCGGAAACCUUCAAUGUCACGAGCAUACCUCAAGAGCCGGACUUUAGUGAGUUCCUCAGCGCAUUGCCUAAUGAUCGUGUCGGCCUGCUCUCCUUCCUGUUUCUCUUCUCCUUUGCCACUGUGUUCGGUAACUCGCUGGUCAUAUUGGCCGUCAUAAGGGAACGUUAUCUGCACACGGCCACGAAUUAUUUCAUCACUAGUCUGGCGGUGGCCGAUUGUCUGGUGGGCUUGGUUGUGAUGCCUUUUUCAGCCCUUUACGAGGUGCUGGAGAAUACGUGGUUCUUUGGAACGGAUUGGUGUGAUAUUUGGCGCUCGUUGGAUGUUCUAUUCAGCACAGCUUCCAUACUAAAUCUCUGCGUAAUAUCGCUGGAUCGAUAUUGGGCUAUAACGGAUCCCUUCUCAUAUCCCAUGCGCAUGACCGUGAAAAGAGCUGCUGCUCUCAUCUGUGCGGUGUGGGUGUGUUCGAGUGCCAUCAGCUUCCCUGCGAUAGUGUGGUGGCGUGCAGCCCGUGAUGGCGAGAUGCCUGCAUACAAGUGUACCUUUACGGAACACUUGGGAUAUCUGGUGUUCUCCUCCACAAUAUCCUUUUACCUGCCGUUACUCGUGAUGGUAUUUACGUAUUGUCGUAUCUAUAGGGCGGCCGUAAUACAAACUCGUUCACUGAAGAUCGGUACGAAACAGGUACUCAUGGCCUCCGGUGAACUACAGUUAACGUUACGUAUCCAUCGUGGCGGUACCACACGAGAACCCUCGACCAGCUCUCAUCAUCAGGCGCUGCACGGUUCGCUGGGUGGGGCGCCGAGUGGUGGAUCCCAACAUCACCCCCACUCGCAUCACCAUCACCGCACUUCGCACCACAAUCACAGUGCCGCGGGGACUACCACCUCAACGCCGGAGGAGCCGGACGACGAACCUCUAUCGGCCUUGCAAAACAACGGUCUGGCACGUCAUCGUCACAUGGGCGGCAAGAACUUUUCUUGGUCGCGUAAACUGGCCAAAUUUGCCAAAGAAAAGAAAGCUGCCAAAACGCUGGGCAUUGUCAUGGGAGUCUUUAUUGUUUGUUGGCUGCCAUUUUUCGUGGUAAAUCUACUGUCUGGCUUUUGUAUGGAGUGUAUAGAACACGAAGAAAUUGUAUCAGCGGUUGUCACCUGGUUGGGUUGGAUUAACUCCGGCAUGAAUCCUGUAAUUUAUGCCUGCUGGAGCAGAGAUUUCCGAAGAGCCUUUGUGCGUAUAUUGUGUGUAUGUUGUCCACGUAAAAUUCGUCGAAAAUAUCAACCAACGAUGCGUUCAAAAUCUCAGGUGAGUUUCAUUUUGAUUUUCCUUUUUCAUCAUUGUCAACGUAAUUGUCAUCAUCAACAUCAUCAGAACCAAAAGCAGCAGCAGCAUCAUCAUCAUCAUCAUCUGUUUGCUCUUAGCAGUUGCAGCUCCUGCAGUGGGAGUAGCAACUGCGGUAGAAACAGUGUGGUGCAUCAUCAUCACCACCACCAUCCGCAUCAUCAUCAGGAACAAAUGCAGCUGCAACAGCAACAACAACAACAGCAGCAGCAUCUAUUUCAACGUGAACGUUCUUGCACACGAUGUCAAAGUUUUCAUCGUCAUCAUCAUCGCCAAAGGAGAAGAUCGUCGGGUGUUCAUUACACUGCAGCCACUAAUGUGAUGUCGACCAAGGCCAUUGUCACAGUGACUCCACCCGUUACUGCCGGUGGAGCAUCACGUCUAUCGACUGCAACCACUACAUCCGUUUCACCAACAUCAUUAACUAGCCUAUCGUUGGCAUCUCCCUGCAAUUUAAACAGUUCCAGCCACUUGAGUGGCGCAACAACACCACUGCAUCCUGGUGCCAGUAAACAUUGCACAUUUGCCUUGACUCCCAUCACCAUUCCACCGCCACCCAACAAGGUGUCUUUCCUGUCAACCGCAAAAUUUCAUUCGAAUUCACUCAAUUCAAGCAGUGCAACAAUCGCAAAUACUCCGCCAUCCAACAACGUUGUGGCCGCAGCAGCAAUUUCUUCAAUUAUUACGCCUUCCACACCACCGACACCUGCAACUGUUGAUGCAGAUGAUACUGCCAUGGUCGGUUUAAUGAAUUCGCACAACCAUCCGAAAUUGCAAAUGCGACCAAGUGUUACAAGUCAAAUUACCACAGUUGAAGAUGUUGAUGAAAUUUGUAAACUUCCCCUGGACGAUGAAUGCAUUGAUGCUGUCAUACAUCAUCAUCAUCACUACUCCAGUCCAUCGUCCAAUUCAUCUUUGUCGUUAUCUUCGUCCGCUGCUAUGACACGUGAUAACAUUGUUCCUUAA